UUACGUCAUUGGGUUUAAAGUAAAAGCUCUAAAGCUGAGCCUGCGGAUGGUUUCGGUUUUAUCUGAUCCAAAUUUACAGAAGAAUGACAGUGAAGCCAUGAGGGGGCAUCAGCAGCCAUCAGAGUAAACACAAGGCGAGGAGGCGAGUGAGAGGCGCGUCACCGCAGCGCACAAUGCGAUUGGCUGGACUGCGCUCCGACCAGCUGGGAAUUAGCAGAGAACCCCAGAUUCAAUCCAAGAAGAGAACCCCCUUGAACCCACCUCAAGUAUCCACUUCUCUCCAGUGGGGAGAUCCAGGUGUUUUAAUCAGGAGGCAGAUUACAACUCUGCCUGCUUCCCCUCCAGCUGUGGUCUCUGUAGCACCAACAAGCAGUGUUGAGAAUGUAGAAACCCCUCUAGCCCCGAGAACAUCCAAACCAGCAAGAGCCUCAAAAAUGACUCCGGUCCAGGAAGAAUGUGCAUCUGGUCAUAUAUCCAGGGCCUCUGCUGACCAGGAGACAGAAAAACAGCCAGCAGACGGAGUUAACCAUGUACUGAGGAAGAAGGCAGGCCUGAAGUCAGAGCGCCAGAGGAAUGGCCGCCAGAGCUCUGAGUAUCAGAGGCAAUUUCAGUGGAAAACUCCAGCAGCCGAAUCACCUCUUCUUACUGCCCAAGAGAUGUUGUACUCCAACAACAGGUCUAUCCCACCUUAUAAAUCUAAUCCAGUAGUAAUGGAGAGUGAGUACAAGAGGAGCUUCAAAGGAUCCCCUCCACCCAGAGGCCCAUGCUUACGAAGAGACAUGGAACUAAAUGAGUUUCCAUCUCUCAAAAUGGAGAAUAUCUCCCCAGAGAAGAGUAAGAAGAAGAAACGAUGGCAUCAGCGCCUCAGCAGGAAGUCAAGCCCCAAAGAGAAAACUCCUCAUUCAGAACCACAGCCCUUAGAACAGAAACCGGAGACACCACAAGCUCAAAAACCUGUUUCGCCCAAAGUGAUGAGGAAGGUGAAGACUGAAUAUAGCUCAAACUUCCGCUCUCCUCUUCAGUACUGCUACAGAGAUGGUGCCUGGGUCAGGUCCAGGACAUUAGGAGAAGAGGGUCACAAGUGGUAUCAUGAGGUGCGGGAGUUGCGGGAGAAAGCAGAAGCAUAUAGAAAGAGGGCCUGGGGAACUCACUUCUCCCGGCAGCACUUGAGCCAGAUCCUGUCUGAGCAGAACUGCCUGUGGGAAGUAUCUAGUGGUUCUUCUCCCUCCACUCAAACUGAUGAAGGCACUCGUUCCACCAAGAGUCCCAUCAUCGAGGCCCUGGACCUGGCCAGUGUCAGGGAGAGCUGUAGCCCCAGUUCAUCUGUGUCCUUGGCCACAAGUAGGAGAAGCUCUUGUAAAGAGGCAGAGCUUCCCAGCAGCCCCACCCUUCCUGGACAGACGAGAAUGGCAUGGGACGAGGAAGUAAGUCCUUGUGAAAGGGGUGUGGCCGAGAUAAAGCAGCAGAGGAAGGAGCAGUCAGAGGAAACCAGUGAGGAAGUAAAUAUAAAUGGGCAUUCAGAAGACAACAAGGAGGAGGACACUGGGGCAGAGAGUGAGCACUUGUCACAUCCAGAGGAGCCUCGAAGCUCCAGUGAUGAGGGCAGGUUACCUACUCCCAAACUAAAAGCAAUGCUGGCUGCACAGAGGACUCAUCAUGACCGCACCACUCCUGCAACUGGUGGUGCUAUACUUGUCUCCCCUCCAAAGGUUAAGUAUUCCAAGACCUCCAGGAGGAGUGAACCACCACUUGGAAAAGCUCACUCACCUUGCAGACACCUCAGUUGUGCCUCAGUUUCAGAAAAAAACAGCAAGGCCGAAGGUUUGAGUUCCUCUCAUCCUCCUCCAGCUGCAGGGAUGGCAACAGUAGACCCACUCCCGUUAAGAGAAGACGCAUGGGCUGGGGAGUCACCUGAACCUCCACCUGAUUCUAAACCAGCAAAAAAAACACCUCACAAAAAAGCAAGCGGUGCUUGGCUCAUAGACAGUACCCCAGCGCAUGCCAACAGAAUCCACGGCACACUGAGAAACCCAGAGUUUCAGCAUAACGGGAACCUGGGAGUCCAUCGGCCAGAAAGAAUUGUGUUCCCUUCCAAUGACUGUCUCUCUGACGAUGAUUUAGAAGACAGGAUGUCCCAGAUCUCAUUCCAGUCAGCAGCUUCUUGUUCCAUGGCAUCCCAGGUUUUGGACCGUGCUCAUAAGAGGAAAGAAGACUUCUGGGGAAAGAGUUAAUGUCAUCUCAGUGCUCACACUGAUGAAAAAAAUCACAGCGCUCCACUCACAGCCCUAUACUAAUGUAUAAUGUAAAAAUCAGCUUUAGAGUUGCCAUUUUUUCUAAAUUUGUCUUAAAUUAUAUUUUGAUACUAACUAUAUAGCAUGAUUAUAGACGAGGGUUUUAAUAAAAGUGCAUAAAUUAUUUCUUUGGGUUUUUAAUGAAAUUGUCUAAAAAUGAAUGCAAUUUAUUUUAUUUUAAUGAUUGAUUGGUACAUUUUUGUAUUAUAUUUUAGUUUGUAAUUAAAUUAUUGUCUUUUGAAAAAGAAAAAAGCUCCUGUAUUAUAAAAACACAAAAACCACAGG